AUGUUACCACAAUCUCAAUCAACAUCGGAAUCACAACAAGAACAACAACAACUACAGCCUCAUCAACGACAUCAGACAGAACAACAACCAUACCAGUUUGAACGAUAUUCACAACAACUUGAGAAUUCACUACAAAAGGGCCUGUCUAAGGAAAAGUCACAACAACUGCAAGCAGAUUCACAACAGUCAGUACAACACCAGCCAUUAUCUAGUAGCUUUACUCUGACCAACCACCCAGGACAAUUUAUUAUCCCACAGCAGCAGCAACAACAACAACAACAACAACAACAGCAACGACAGCAGUUACAACAGUCGCUACAUAAUCCAUUUCUGUUUCAGCAAAAAACAAGUACUGUUCCUCAACAACCGUUGGCUUACUCAUUUCGACCUCCUAAUUCACAAACAUAUCCUGUGCAAUCGUAUUACCAGCCACUACAGUAUUCGCAACAAAUGUCACCACAUAAUAAUCAACGACAAGUACCACCUCAACAGCAGCAGCAACAACAACAACAACAACAACAACAACAACAACAACAACAACAACAACAACAACAACAACAACCUAAACAGCAGCAGCAGCAACAACCUUCGCAGCACAUGCAGCAGCCCCAAUCUCUCUUAUAUGACACCAACAAUUACAUGUACCAAACUAUACCUUCAAGUUAUCAGCCACGCCCACAAUUGCCCAUCCAACAACAACAACUCCAUCACCAGCAGUAUUACUCUCCCGCCAAAAACCCUUCGGUAUCGUCACCACAGUCCUCCUCGCAAAAGGAGUCAAAAGUAAAAGCAGCUACCAGUCCAGUCGAAACUCACGAAUUAGUUAUAUUUCCCAACUUCCCUGAACGGUUGCAAAAGAUUCUCCCCCAUCCUCCAUUAUCCAAGGCACCAGUUCGUCCUGAUAUUACAGUUUCAACAACAGCUAAAAGGGCUAAACGUAAAUCCAAAUUCACACCCGAGCAGGAUGACUUAAUUGUGAGUUUGAAACGCAAGGGGAAAAGCUGGGUAGAGAUUGCAGAAAUAACUGGUGUAGGAUCUUACUUGACAGCCAGAAAUAGAUAUCAGGUUAUUGUUGGACAACAAGGUAAUAAUAAUUCCAGUGCUUGGGACAAUAACGAUAAGAUAUUCUUGCGUAAUUUAUUAGAUCCUGCAGAAUUUGAAAAGUGGAGAUAUAUUGCAUCAGAAUUGAACAAGUCAACAAACAAGAAUUUCAAUGAUUUUGAAGUACGCGAAAUGGUUAGAGUACUAUUUUGGCUGAACCCAGCAAGUUUUGGUGUUAGUGAAGAGCUGAUUAAAGAAGCGCUCAAGGAAAAGAAACAAACUGACAAAACCAUUGAGCAAAGGGAACAACAACGCAAAAAGAAGAUGAGUAAUGUCGUUGGCGUCGAUAGCAGUGACAAUAUUGGAAGUAGUAGUGGCGGUGGUGCAAGUGUUGGUGCCGCUGCUCCUAGUGGUGAACAAAGAAACCACUAUCAUGCAGAUCAACCGCAUCUUUACACUAAACCAUUUUAA